UCCACGUUGUGGCCGUGGAGACCUGGGCUCGAAUCCCAGCAGCCACACAAUACCUUUUAUAUUUUGCGGGUUAAAACUUGGAACGGAAACGGGUUUAGAAUGUCGCCUUAAGUCCAGGUCAAAGCACCCUUUAUUUUUUAAGAGUUGAGGCUAGGCUUAAUGCUUCCUGCGUCUUCCCGAUCCAACACACAACUUCGUUCGGCGACUCAUAAUAAGAGAUAUGAUUGAUGAUGAAACCUUGGGAGCCAUUGCCAACUUUCUUGGCAUCUUCAUUUUUGCUUUGGUUAUAGCUUAUCACCUGGUCACUGCGGACCCCAAAUAUGAAGCCAGCUAAGAUAUAUAUUUUGAAUUUAAUUUCUCAUGUAUUCAAGACAAAAAUUGGAUGGAUUCAAUUUUGUUGAUUGAUCUGUUAGGUCAGUUUCUUUCUAUGUAUGACUUAAUAUUGAUGAAACCACCACAAUUCGAUUGAGGAUUAUGCAGGCUAAAUCUUCAAUAUUUUAGAGGCGUACGUAUGUUAAUUAACCAUGUUGGUGUUUUGGUAUUGAUGCAAAUUGCAAAGUACUAAUUGUACAAUGCCCUUGAAAUUGUUCAGAUUAACCAAGAAUAUGGAUUAUUGAUAGAUUCGUAUUCAUUUCCCUUGGUUGCCAUUGGCCAAAAUUUUAUAAUAGCAAGCACAAACUACCGAAUAUAGUCUUUUUCUGUUUUUGGAAAGCUAAAAUACUCACAAUUGCUAGUAAUUUAGAGGAAAAAUACAUUAUGCUUCAAUGCAACAUACAUGCAUAUUUGCUCAAAGACAAAAGUGAAACAUAUAUAUGAUGCUCCAUUGCAUGGCAUAUCCACUCAAUCAAAGCAUAGCAAACAAAGUAAAUAAACAUGAUGGGAAUUGAAAGCUUGUUCGUGAUGAACCUUUAUUUGACUGCACAUAUAUAGCAACAUUGAUUACGCUACAUUAAUCUACUGUGGAGUGUAGCAAAUAAUGCUACUACUCAAGGAUUGGUAGGGUUGGGAGGUGGUGAGAAGGGUGGAAGUGUGCGAAUUAAGGGUGAUGGCAACCUAUACUCUGGCCAGUCUGUUACUGGGGGGAAUGGAGGA